CAAGCUCAGUAAAAAGGCUAAAAAAAUAAUAGACAUUAUCCUCGUGUUAUGUAUUAAACUAUAAAAUAUAAAUGAUAAAUAUUAUUAUUGUUAAAUUGGUUUUUAUUCAUAGUAUUUUUUUCUUUCUUUGAUGGAACGUCUGAGACGUAGUCACAGCUAUGGGUUUAUGAUGGAUUACAAUCCGCAACCUUGGAAAUAUCACCAGCCCUUACUACUAAUACAUAUUAAAAUUUUGUAAAUUUAUAAACUGAAACGUCUGCAUUUUAAAUCAUGUACCUCAGUAAGUGUAGUUGGUGCGCGUUGGUAUUAUUGACGGUGAUUCAAUUUGAGUGUUCUAAAUGCGAUAAUAAAGAGGUUAAUUCGUUCAAUGAAGAAGACAUCGGUAGUUCCAUACUCGAUACAUUGCCCAGGUAAUAUAAGAGAACUUGCGUAAUAAUAUUAUUGUUAUAGCCGUUUUGAUAUCUAGAGAAAAAUGUGAAAAACGAUACUACGGCCUUACGCUACAGUGAUCCAUAGUUGUAUACAUUAUAAGAAAUUUUGAAAUUAAAAUGCCUUUUACAAAAAAACUACUGUUUGGAUAUGAAUAUAUGGUACAUUACAAAUUUUUAGAAUAAUAUAUUUUACAAAUUUACUAUUUUGAAAAUUUUAAAAAAUAAAAUUAUUUUUUUCACUGAUUAAAGGAUUAAAAUAAAAAUGUAAUUAUUUCUGCAGUUGUAACUCCCUUAUACAAAACCAGAUUGAAAAAAAAAUUUGAUAUUGACAGAAUUAUUAGCAUUUGGAUAAUAACUGUAGCACACUCUGUGUAAUACUUUGUACACUUUGUUUUCAUCAUCAUUUAUGUAUCUGAUUUACUUACCUUAAUAUGAUGCUAAAUUAAUUCUUUAAACGUUGGACUUACUUUAAUAAAGUUAUGGAUUAAAUACUCGUGCAGUUCAAAACAAAUACAAUUAUAAAAUUGUAUACACUCACAAACAUUAAAGUGUGAUUGUGCCUACUGAGUAGGUAAAUAUUUAAAAAAAACAUUCCUAUUAAUUAUUAUCAAAUGCAAUUCUUAAAGACUUGUUUUGAAUAAUAAAUUAUUAAUGUACUUCCUGAAAUAAUGAGAUAUAGUAAUAUAUGUUCUUGUAUGAUUUUAAAAUUGAAUUGAAUUUUUAGUGGGAAUAAAAUAAAAUAUUUUAUGACAAACGCCUAUCAAUUUUUUUAACUUUUGUAUCAUUUUACUGUAACAUUAGAAACACAAAAGAAAAGUUGAAGUUCUCCCUAGUACCUAUGUAACUUUAAUUUGCCGCAUAACAUAUCUGAAUAUUUGAACACAUAAACAUAAGUUAUUAUACUUAACAAUAAUAUUCAUUAAAUAAGACUUAAAUUAUGAUGUUGAAGAUUUUGUCCAAAUUUUAAUGAUAUGUGUCUAAUUUUUUAUCAUUUUGCAACCAUUUAAUAUUACUUAUUAUUUAAUAGAUAUGUAAGGUUGAUUUUUAAUAUCUGUAUCAAGGUGGAUUUACCUUAAUUUGUAUGAUAUAAUAAAAGUUGAUAUUUGUUUAUGUUUAAUACUAUGAUAUUAAAAUUAAAAUAACAGAUAGUAUCAUAGUCUCAAAUCAUAUACUGAUAUAUUAUAAUAAUCCAUGAUCACAUGAUCACAUGAUCAUAGUAGGUGCUAGCAAAGCGGCAAAGUAUAAAAUAAAAUAAAUAAUUUAUUUAACAAAAUAUAAAGAAAGUUUAUAUACAUAUGGCAUUCUAAAAAGUUAUAAUUAUUAAAUGAUUAUUUUAAAUGUUUAUUUUAUAAUAGUAUUAUUAAGCGUAUUCAUGUAUUAUAUUUAUAAAUAUGAUCAACUUAGUUAUUAUUAUUAUUAUUAGUGUAAAAAAUUGUACUUAAUUUUUUUAGAUAUGUAUUGUAUGACAUCAACAAGCCAGAAGGAUUUAAUCUACGCCGUGAUGUAUACAUACGAAUGGCAUCUUUUAUACACCACAUGAAUAAGAUAUCCAAUUAUCAUUGGAUUUUGGUAAUUUAUUUUGUUUAUUUCAUUUUUAAUAUAAUAUAUUAUAAUGUAACUAUGCUUAAAAGUUAUUUUAAGUAUUUUUGUUUUUUAGGUAUUGCCACCAUGGCAUCGUUUGUAUCACUGGAGAUCAUCUAAUCUUAUACAAGACCAUCUUCCUUGGAGCCUAUUUUUUAAUGUUGAUUCCAUUCAAAAAGUCACACCAGUGGUUGAAUUACAUGAGUUUUUUAAAAGUAUGUUAGGUUUAUUAAUUUUUGAAUUUUUUUUUUUAGUUUUCUUAACUAACUAUUAAAAUUCUGCUGAGUAUUCUAAUAUUUGCUUGAUCUAUAAAAUUAUUUUUGUAAUGAAUUGUCGACUACUAGAAAAUAGUAUUAUUAAUAUAAAUAUUAUCAUAAAAAUAAUCGCCCGGAUAUAAGUCGGGAAAAAUCGCAAGAAAUUGCUCCUGUUUAAUUUUAGACAAACAUUCGCUGCUGUUGGCUAAAAUAAACACAUUUUUUUAACUGACUUUAUUCACACGGCUUGAUAACUGACACAAAUGUUUCGUAAAAGUAUGUGUAGAAUGAAUGAACACUUCAUAUAUUCACGAUGUCUGCAUGACUAAAUGUAAAAUAAAAGAUCAAUUGUUUGAUUUGAAAAUUGAUGAGGAAUAAUGUUCGCAGGUCAUUAGUUUCGAGUAAUUAAUUGUCGAAUGUGAAACCUAAAUUAAAUUAGCGAUUAAAAACCACUGCGAUUUUAAAUCACGUUUCGCUCUGUGAACAUUCUCUUCGUAUGAAACAACCAUAAAUGUCUGAUAUCUAUAUUUAAGUUAUAGGUUGAAAUAGAGUUCAAUAUUAAAAAUCAGUAUCUAAAUAAAUAAUAAAUAGGUAUCACUAAUAACAUAUGCAUACAUACAUACACCCAUUAUUUAUAAAACAUUUAAUUUUUUACUUUUUGACUAACUUAACUACUAUCAUUAAUAUCUAACAAUAUACUUAUUAAUACAAAAAUAUUGUAUACAAUAGUUAAUGGAUUAAGGUCAUUGGAUGCACAAGUUACAUUACAAGAUUUCAAUUUAAAUUCAUUUGAAGAAUAUCCAGACUUUUCUGAUAAAUGGGAAGUAUCUGACUGCAAAGGUCAUGUACAAACAGAAUUUUGGAACUUGAGUAAUUUAACAUUCUCCAAAUCUUUAUGCAUUUCAUUUCAAGGAAUUUCUACUCUUUUAUCUGACAUUGUAAAAGAGUUACAACCAAGGUAAUAGAUCAACUACUUUUUAUGCAUAAUAAAUGAUUAAUUAAAAACUAUUUAAUAAUCAUUAGAACUAUAAUAUUUGAUCAUGCUGAAAUGGCAUUGCAUAAUUAUUAUGGUGGACAAGAGUAUUGGGCAGUGAGGAAAAGUAUGCAAUUUAGUGAUAACUUGCAUGAAAUCGCUAAAACAUUUAUAAAUUCAUUUUUGAAACAUAAUUAUAUGUGUGCUCAUGUGCGUCGUAGAGAUUUUUUGUACGGUCAUCCAAGUGAUGUACCCAGUAUUAAGGAGACAGCCAGACAAAUAAUAGAAAAAUUAAGUUUAUUGAACAAGGUUGAAACAGUUUUUAUAGCCUCAGAUGCUCCAAAAGUAGGCAAGUAUUAUUAUUUUAUAUUUUAUACUAUUAUGUUUAAUUAAUAUAAUAUAUUAUUUUAGAGUUUGAAAAACUUUGUGAUUAUUUACGACCAUAUAACGUGUUUAAAUUUGAAGCUAACAAGGACAUUUUAAACACUUACAUGGAUGGAGGGGUUGCUAUUAUUGAUCAAAUAAUAUGUUCUAAAGCAAAGUGAGAUUUUUCUUUUGUUGUUUUAUUCUUAACAAUUAAAAUCAUAUGUUUAAAAUGAUCUAACUUUUAGCUAUUUUAUUGGUACAUCCAAAUCAACAUUUUCAUUUAGAAUUCAAGAAGAAAGAGAAAUUCUUGGCUUCUCCUCGAAUACUACAUUCAAUAGUUUUUGCGGUGACAAUGACAGAAUGUGCACACAACCUACAAAGUGGAGACUUGUUGAAUAAUGAUAAUUAUGUUGGUAUCUUAUAGUGUUUCACAGUAUUUAUUUGUAUUUUCUAUUGUUUUGUCAUAUUUCAGUUUGUUUUCCAGCUCUUUAUCAAAGUUUGUCAUAAACAUUCCAGUGGUAAAAAACUCCAUGUUCAGUAACUGUGCAGCAUUCAUGCGGUCUACCGGGUUUAAUUGUAAACAGUGUGCCACUAUUUUUAGCAGAUCUGUUGGCCACUCAGGGUAUACCCUUCGAAGUGCUAAGGCAGUAUUAGAAAUUGUAUAAGAUUUACAUAAAGGUUGUUCCUGUUGAUUUUCUAUGCUCAGCUCAAUGCCGCGAUUGUGCAAGUAUUCAUUGAUAACUAUUGAGUUAUGGUCCUUGCAUCCCAGUAUUUCAAUAAUGCCAUACAACUGGUAAUCAAUAGUUUCUUCGGUGACCAAGGGCCAUCUGUUGACUAAUUCCGUAAACAAAAUGCCUGUAAUAAUUUGAAGUGUGAGAAUGUUACUUAUAUAGUAUUUUACUCUUAGAACAUACCAACCGACCAAAUGUCUACCAUAGUAUCGUAGAUUUUUAGUUCCAUCAACAUUUCUGGAGCCUGGUACCAUAGAGUUCCUACUUCAGUACUCAUGUCUAAUGACCCACUCGAGCAAAACAUACGAGAUGCACCAAAAUCACAGAUCUUGAUAAUUCCAGCAACAGUUAACAAAAGAUUUUCUGGCUUAAUGUCACGGUGUAUGACAUUAUGACUAUGCACGUAGCUUAGUCCUUUUAAUACCUGUCAAAAAACAAAUAAUUUGGUGGUCAACUAUUUUCGAGCUAAGUUUCUACGUACUUGGUAUAUGCAUUCUUUAGUGUGAUCCAUAGUCAGUGCUCCACCAUUAUUUUCCAAGUAUGUGUACAGAUUACACUGCAUGAACGGAAACACCAUGUAAAUGUAACCAGAGACCCGGAUAACAUCGAUUAUUUCAACUACAUGAUCAUUUCUUAGCAACCGCAAAAGAUUAAUUUCACGUACGAUCAUUUCAGAGUAAUAAUGGCCACUUUGAAGUGGGUUUCGUAAUCUUUUCAUUGCUACCAUCAAUCCAGUCGAUUCAUUCAGACACUUGGCUACUGUACCAUAAGUACCUUCGCCCACUGUACCCAAGACUAUGUACUUGUCCAUAUAUUUUUAAAACAAUUUUUGAAGCUAUCCAAAUUGACUAAAUAUUUUUUUUAAAAUAACUUUCUUAAUUUCACUAUGGUUACACUUUUGAUGAUUAUCUUAUAUGAGUAGACAUUCGUAAAUAAACUGUUUUAACACACUUCUAAUUAUAAUAACUGUUUAUUUGUGGUAUAACCAUUAUGACUUAACAGUAUUAGAUCAAAAUAAUUUUCUAUUUUUUUUUUCAAUUUAUAAUAUUAAGACAUUAUUUAGACAUUUUUAUACCCAUAUCAUUACUUUCAAAUUUGAAAGACCUUGUUUAACUAUAUACAUAUAUUUAAAGUUUGACAUUUGUUCAAACAAAUUUAUUGAUCAUCUUUAACUUAAUAAGGGAUUAGUUUUGUAUGGAAAAAAUAUUUGAGCAUUGGUAUGAAAACAACUUGUUCCUAGGAUAAAAUAAUAUUUUAACUUUUUUUUUAUUAUUUAUUUAAUAUUUUAUUGAGAGUUAGCAUUAUAUUAAUUACUAGGUAUUUAAAAACUUUUGUUUUAUUUUUUCAUGGUCUCAGAUUGAAACUGAUUCUAAGUUUUGAUAAAUGAGCGGAAAAUCAUUUUGUCACAUAAAAAUUAUAUAGGUUCAAUUUGUAUCUAUUUUUAAAAUAUUUUAUUAUUAUAUAAACACUAUGGUUACUCCUUCAUUUCAAAUAUCCAAAACAAAAAUAUCUUCACACUACUGAUUUAUUUAUUUUUCAUCGUUCUUUAUAAUAAUAUUGUAAACAGUAAAUUUUGUAAUUUGCUGGUUUAUAUGAAAUUGAAAAUGUUUUGAGUGUAAUGAAUUGUUGGGCAGAGUGAUUAAUUUUAUGUAUCUGUAAUUUUUUUUAUUAAUGUGUACCUAUCAUUAGAUAUAUUAUAUUUAGAUUAAGUUCAAAAAUAGCAAUGAAAAUCAUUCGAGAUAUUUGUACACUGAAUGAUUUUUUGUAGAAUUCACUUAGAAGAUUAAAAGGAGU